AUGUCAUCAAAUAUGGCGCCCGACAAUCCACGAAUUCAACUAGCCCGAAUGUCACAACAGGCGGCUAUCCGGAAACCCGAGGAUGAUUGGACCGGUACUACCGAUCGGGCCGAACGGAGAAAGUUACAGAAUCGCCUCAACCAAAGAACAUAUCGGAUGCGCCAUCAGGCCCAAAAUGCAGAGGACAGGGCACAGCUCUACAGCAACAAAACCGGAGUUGUACCACCGAACUCCACUCCUAUCCGAAUCGACCGAGGCGAAAGGGGGUUUACAUGCAGUAUCGCGCCACCUCAAUUACACUCAAUGAUGCGUCAAUUCGAGUCCCUAGCAUUGGAAAGCUACAUUCGCAACUCUCCCAACAUCGACCACCUCCUCUCCCUCUCCAAGCUAAAUAUCCAACGUGCGAUCAUCGAGAAUACACGCUCCAUUGGUAUGACAAUGGAGUGGAUGGAACGUGAUGACUCUAUCUCCAUUUUCAAUGCCCCAGUACCUGGCUUCUCGACGUUACCAAUACCCGCGAGUCUUCAACCUACAGAAUACCAACGACGUGUCCCUCACCACCCAUGGCUGGAUUUCUUUCCCUUUCACAAUAUGCGUGACAAUCUUAUAGCAGCUCAAGACAUUAUCGAUGAGGAUGAUUUGUGUCAUGAUCUCAUGGCGUUCUGGGAUACGAGAAAUACCGGGGCUAGUUUAUUAGUGUGGGGUCCUUCUUGGGAGCCAGAAAAUUGGGAAGUCACGCCGGCUUUCCUACUGAAGUGGGGAUUUUUGCUCAAAGGUUGUGAAGAAUUAGUGAUAAAUACUAACCGGUGGAGAGCGAAGAGGGGAGAGAAGCUUCUUGAUUGGAAAACAACGUUAGCUUUGAUAUAUCGGUCGCCUAGUGAAUAG